AUGGAUAGUUUAAUAAUAGUUAAACAACUUGAAACUUUUUCAAAAAGUUUAAAUAAUAAUAGUAAUAAUAAUACAUCCAAUGAAAAUGAAGAGUUCAUUUAUAAUUCAUUUUUAGAUUGUGUGUUAAUUAAUAAUAACGAUAAUAAUGAUGUCAAUAAUCAAUUACAAGAAUCUUUAAUUGAAAGAUUAAAAUUAAUAAUUAAUAGUGAUUUAAAUAUAUCAGAUUCAGAAAACCAUCAUUUAGUUAAAUUAUUAUUGUUAUCCAUUCAAAGAAUUUCAAAUAACUCUAAUACAAAUAGUAAUAAUAAUGAAAAUAUCUUUAAUAUUUAUUUUAAUAUCUUACAAAAUUCUCACAAUGUCAACAAUAAAUCAAUACUAGAUAUAAUAGUUAAUAAUAUUAAACAAUCUAUCAUCACUUUUAUUAAAACUAAUAAUAAUAGCAUCAACAGCGAUAAAAUAGUUGAAAAGUUAUUAGAAAUUUCAAAUUCAUCUUUAAUUUCAUUAUUAGAUAAUAAUUCAACCAACAAUAAUAAUAAUACCAUUGAAUAUAAUAUUAAUUUCAAAUUAUUAAUUAAUAUCUAUAAUAUAAUAAAUCAACAACAAAAUAACGAAAUUAAUAAAUCAAAUAAUAGUUAUUUAAUCAUUUUAAAAUAUAAAGAAAUUUUAAUUAAAAAUUCAAUAGAUUUAAUUAAAUUAUUAAACAAUCAAGAUGCUAAAAACCUAAUAGUUUCACAAUUAAUAAUUUCAUUAGUGGGUAACUCUGUUGAACAUUUAAAUCAAAUUAAAGAAGAAUCAUUCAAAAUGCUCGAUCAACCUGAUGCAACUGAAGAGGCUUCAAGAAUUAAAAUGGACGGUUAUAGAAUAUUAUCUGGUUUUUUACAAACUUUUCCUUCAAGCUUUUUAUAUGAUGAAAGAUUUUGGAAAUCAAUUAUUAGUGGUUUGGUUGAUAUGGAGCCAUUAAAUAGAAAGAGAUCAAACUAUUUAUUAAAGAAAUCAAUCAGUAUUUCAAUUUCAAAUGAAAAUAAUAGUGAGGAUAUGGGUAAAUGGACACAAUACUUUGAAUGGAAUAAAGAAAAUAGUUCAAAGUUACAAAAGCUAUGGAACACAUUCUUUUUAAUCAACGAGUCAUUAGAUGAUUUUACAAUUCAUACAAUCGAGCCUGUUUGGAAAGAGUUGGAUCAAUUGGUAGUUUCUUCAUCAUCAAAUAGCAGUUUUGGUUUACACUUUGAUUGGUUAAAUAUUUUAUUCAAAAGAGGUUUACAACACAUGAAUCCAGCCGUUAUCAAGAUUCUAGUAUUAGAUGUUUUAUAUGCAAAGCAUUAUAUUCCAUAUUUACCAUUGGAUUUUGUUACCGAUAAUAUGAUCCAUUUAAUUUCAACUCCAUUAAUUUAUAAAGGUUCAACAGAAGGUUCAAUUCAUGCUGCCAUUCAACAUUUCUUUACAGUUUACUAUGAAUCAUUAAAAGAAACCGAAAUGAAAAUUAAAUUAUUUAGAAAUAUAAUCACCAUUUUAAAGAAUAACCAUUUCCAUAGAGAUUUAGUAAUCAAUUUAAUUAAAUUUAUCGAAGUCAUAACCAAUAAACAUAAAGAACAAGUUCCAGUGGUCAACAACGAGUUUUUCCCAAUUUUCAACACAUUAUUCGAGCUUUCAAUUAAAAGAUUACACAGCAACGGCCGUAAUAGAUUAUAUAAAUCAGUAAUUAAAUCAUUACAAUACAUCACCGAUGAGCAAUUAAGUUUUGAUAAUAUGUCAAAAAUUAUAUUUUCAAUUCCAUUCCACUUUCACUCAAAUCCUCAAUAUAAUCAACUCAUCAGUAAUUGGUUAAAUGGUAAUAGUGGUCAAGGUGCUAAUAAAACAUUCAAUUCUAUAAUGGAGAUUUUAAAAAAUCACCAUCAACAACAAUCCAUUCCUAAUACCUCCAACAUUGAUAAAGAUUUCAUAGUAAAACUUAAAUCAGAUUCAUUUAUUUCAGCUAGAAUCAUUUCAUAUUUAAAAGAUGAACAAUUUAGUGGAGUUAUCAAACAAAUUUUAGAUUCAACUAAACAAUUAAUUGAAAAUAAUAACACAAACUCUGUUGGCUUCUUUUAUUUCAUCACCUUAUUGGGAUCAAUUCUUUCCAUUAUUAAUUUACCAAAUCAAAUUCAAAUUUUAAAUCAAUUAAUUAAUGAAAUCUUUUCAAAUACAUUUAUGAACUAUCUUGGUGAAAGUUUCAAAUCUAUUCCAUCAAUUGACUACGCAGUUUUAUUAGAAGUUGAAGAAUCUUAUUAUUUAAUCGAAUCAUUCAUUUUAGGUAAUCAUUCAAAUCUCAAAAAUAAAAUAAAUGAAUAUUUUACAACUUUAUUAAAUUCCCAACAAAUUAAUAAUAAUAACUUAGUACCAACAACCAUCGAAAAUGAAUUCAACAAAAUCAAAACUAUCCAAAGAUUUUACGGUUUAUUCAAAGAUAGAGCUUGUUCAGCAAAUUUAUUUACCAUUGAGCAGUUUGAAAAUGUAUUAGAUAGGGCUAUUAAUAUAGAACUAAAGAAACCAAAGCAAUCAGAAGGUGAGGAAGAGUCGGUUAUUAUUAAAAAUUGGGGUACAAUCAAUUCGUAUUUUAUUAAAAUAAAAUGGUAUUUAAUCAGGAAUCUUUUAACAUGCUUAUUGCAUUUGGUAAAAUCACACUCAACUGAAUCAAAAGUACUAAAUGAAAAUUCAAAGAAAUAUUUAGAAAUUGCUAUCGAGUCAUUAGGUGGUUCAAAUUUUUAUUGCUCACAACCAAUUAUUCAUAGUUUAACCAUUUUAUUACCACUAGGAGCUAUAGAUAAGAAAACAAAUACUUUUGACCAAGAGUUAUUCGAAAGGGCAUUGUCUUACACUUGGACAUCGUCAGUAGAUUGUGGCAUUUUAAAUUAUAUUGGCUCGUUUGUACAAUUAGCUUUUCAACAUAAUACACUUUCAGUCCAUGUCACCCAAGAGCAGGAGAACGAUUUGGGUUUAUUCAAUCAUCAUACUGUAUUAAAAGAGUACUUUUAUAAACUUUUAGAAUACUGUAAUGUAGUACCAGGUAUCUAUAACCUUUUGGUGAUGAAGUCCACUAUGAUUUGGCGUGAAUAUCCAGAAAUUGCAAUUCAAUACAUUGACGAAAUUUAUGAAGCACUUAUCUAUGGUCCAAUUAGAGUAGCAUCAAACGAUUUACAUCAAGAUGAAAACGAAAUUUCCUUCUAUGAGCCAUUAGUUGGUAUUCCAAGCUAUGUAUUCAAUUUACAUCAAGAUUCAAUUGUUGAAAGUCAACAAGAUGAAGAGAAAUUUGGUUUUGGUUAUGUUCCAUAUAGAGAUAGUUUUGGUAGAGCAGCAACAACCAUAUUUAUAAAUACAAUGGGUGAAUUAUCACAACAGAAACCAUCAUCAACAACAGAUGAACAUAAAAUCAAUUUAUACAAGAAGUUUAUAAAUUUAAUAACUAUCAAAUUUUUAGAUUCUAAUUUUUAUGAAGAAUUUUUAAAAAAGAAGGAAUAUAUUUUAAAUACAUUCACUCAUAGAUUAAAGAUUAGAAUUUGGCAAACUCUUUGUGUAUUAAGUAAAUUUAUAAAUACCGAAGAUAAAGAGAUGUCAAAUCAAAUUGGUGAUAGCAUCGUCAAGGUAUUUUUUAUUUUCCAUUUACCAUCAGUAAGAAAGUAUAUCAAUAUAUUUUUGGUCAAUUUAAUUAAAAGCAAUCAUGAAAUAGUAGAAAGCCAUUUAUUGAAAUUAUUUGAUAAUGUUAAUCUUCGUGGUGAUAUUCUUUCAUCUAUUACCGUUACCGCAGCCUAUGUUUUAAUCAAUAUAGAAAACAAUGACGCCUUAUAUCAAAAAGUAUUCAAUAGAGUUUUGUCCCUUUGUGUAUCAGGUCAUAUUAUUGUUAAAACUAUAGCAUCCAGUGUUAUUUCUCAAUUGAUUGAAAAUGAUAUGGAAGGUCUCAAAAAGAAAUUAGAGCCCGGUGUAUUGGAAUACUUGGACCAAUUAAACUAUUUCUUUAAAACAAAUUCACAAGCAUAUAAACUAUUACAAAAACAAAAGAAACAAAUGGAUAUUGCAAAAGAAAAUCAAUUUACAGAUUGUGCAUUUUUAAAUUUAUUUUAUGAAACACCAGUUAUCGAAAAAUUAGCAGUAACAGAAAUUAUUCCACCAGGUAUUUUCGAUUUCUUAUCAAGCAAAGAGUAUUUAAACCAAUCAAUAUUAGAAAAGCAACUUCGUGAUCAACUAUUCGAAAAAUCAAAACUUUAUCCAAAAGUUGAUGAUUUCGAAAGUGAGGACGACGAUGAAGAUGUUGGUGAAGAAACUAAAGAUAAAAAACUUGAAGAUGUUGAUGAAUAUAUAGAUACCAAUCCAACAAGUUACCAAAAGAAAAUUUUACCAUGGGCAGAUUUGGAAUAUGAAUCGCGUAGUGAAAUAAUGACUAAAUCAAGACAAUCAGUAAUAUUGGUUGCAAGUUUUGUUGAUAAAAUUCCAAAUUUAGCAGGUCUAGUUAGAACCAGUGAAAUUUUUAAUAUCGAAUGUUUAGUGGUUUCAGAUAUGAAGAUUUUAAAUGAUACUGCUUUCCAACAAAUUACUGUUACAGCCGAAAAAUGGUUGCCAAUGGAAGAGGUUCCCGAAGAAUCACUCAAACAAUAUUUACUCGGAAAAAAAUCACAAGGUUAUUCUCUUUUGGGUAUUGAACAAACAUCAUCUAGUGUGCAAUUAAAUAAAUUUGAUUUCCCUGAAAAGUCAGUUUUGGUAUUAGGUAAAGAAAAAGAAGGUAUUCCAACAGAAUUUAUUAAUCUAUUAGACAAAUGUAUAGAAAUUCCACAGUUGGGUGUUAUUAGAAGUUUAAAUGUUCAUGUUUCUGGUUCUAUUUUAAUGUGGGAAUAUACCAAACAAAAACUAAAUCAAUAA